ACACACUUUCUCGCGUAAACAUUUAGCGUUACACGAUACUGUGAGAAAAGGGGGUACGGUUCCUGAACCGUGCUCCACUGUCGAAUAAAUUAUAUGGUUUUAUCGUGGUUCAUUUAGCGUCUAUUUCUUCAGGUCUGGCAGAAAGUGGACUAUUCCAUCUCCACCUAUUUCUAGUGAUAUUGCUGAGGUGUGGGACGUGCAUGAAGCAAGCAGUAAAACUCCAGAAUGAAGAAGGUGCAAGUUGUCGUAAUUGGAGCAGGUGUGGUUGGGAUGUCUACAGCCGUGUGUAUAGCGGAGGCUUUGCCCUUCUGCACCGUCACUGUACUGGCUGAGAAAUUCUCUCCAGACACCACUAGUGAUGUAGCUGCUGGGAUCCUUCUGCCCAAGGAGAUUCAAGGUGUUCCUCUGGAACGGCAGCAACGUUGGUUUAAAGGCACAUUUGAUCAUCUGCUGACAAUUACUGAAUCACCACAGACCUCAGAAGCAGGAGUAUUCAUGAGUUCAGGAUACCAAAUAUUCAAAGAGGUCCCUAGUAUCACAAAACCAUACUGGGCUGAUAUUGUGUUUGGAUUUCGGAUUAUGACGGAUCGUGAGAUGAAGAGAUUCCCUAAUUAUAAGUUUGGUCAAGCUAUAACGACUUUAAAGUGUGAAAGCCUCAGAUAUCUGCCAUGGCUGGAGAAAAGGUUGACCAAAGCAGGUGGUCAGAUGAAACGAGAGAAAGUGACCGACCUUCAGCAGCUUGCUCAUAGCUACGAUGUCAUCGUCAACUGCUCAGGCCUCGGCUCCCGUUCUUUGGUGGGAGAUGAGCAGGUCUACCCAGUACGUGGCCAGAUUCUCAAAGUUCAUGCUCCCUGGCUGAAGCAUUUCAUUCGUGUUAUAGAUGAAAAUGACUACAUCUACCCUGGCAUCGACUACGUCACUCUGGGGGGUACACAGCAGGCGAAUGAUUGGCGUUUGGAGGUGGAUAAGGAUGAUAGCAAGGGCAUCAUGGAGCGCUGCAGUAAGCUUGUACCAGCCCUAAGGACCGCCCAGGUGCUGGGAGAAAAGGUGGGACUGAGGCCUGGCAGGAGUAACCUGCGUCUAGAGAGAGAAUGGCUGCAGGUUCAGGAGCGGCAGGUGCCACUGGUUCACAACUAUGGCCAUGGCUCCUGGGGCAUCUCUCUGAGCUGGGGCAGUGCACUAGAGGCACUGGACUUGGUGAGGAGAAGUCUGCAUGAGAAACCACCUCGUGCCAGACUGUGAAUGCACAGAAAUCAUAUAGACAUAAGCUCCCUGGACAAAAAAUGACUAUACAAUAGGGGUUUCCAAACUUUUUUUAAAGGGUGCCAGAUUAGACUACAUUAAAAAUAUAUAUAUAUAUAGGAGUUGAGUGGAGGCAUAAGUAUUAGAAGUGCAAGAAAUUACACAAGCAACUCAUUUUUUCUCCACAGACUAGGUGUGCAGCUCAGCUAGAGCUCGUAGGUUUACACUUUCAUUUCAUUAACAUUUAUGGCAUUUGCAUCAAAUAAAACCUCAGAGCUUGGCCAACAACUGAAAAUCAAGUUUUACAAGUUUAUUAACUUACAUUCAUUCAGGUGCAGUACCUAUUGACACUUUAAAAUAUUUGUGGAUGUGUGCUCUUAGUGGAUGCCAUUAUAUUUUAGCUGGGGAGCUAAAAAUAUCAUUAUAUUCACUGACCAAAUUCAUCAAAUUAAUCUAAUCCAAUAGCUGUAGUAUUGAGAGAACUUGCAGCAAACUAUGAACUAACACAAUUAUUAAAAAUGAUGUAAUUGUUUUUUAGUUUAGCUAUCGCCUGUGAUUCCUUUUACAUUUGCUAAGUUUAAGUGAUUUAUACGUGCAACAGCUAGAAUUAUAUUAAUAACAUAAAUUUGCACUAUGCUUAUUGGUUAUAUAGAGCACUAUAGGCUUAUGUGCUCAAGUGUAAUUAUUAUAAUUAUUUUAAUAAACAUAUUUUUUGAUUAACAAACUUUAUCUCGUUGGAUUUUGUCUAAAAACAGAGACAGAAACAGAGGUUGCCAAGUAGUAGCUGCUUGUUAGAACUUGCAGGAGAAUCACAGCCUGCUGGAAAUUAGAGAAAGAAAGUAAAGGAAAGCUUGUGUCCUUAUGGACAUUUUUGUCUUUUUCAUUUUUGUAUUUUUUUAAAUCAUUUUGUCUGUGUUAAUGCAAACAGCAUAAAUUUUGCAAAAGUUGUGUAUUUUUAUUGGAAUUUUAAUCUCUCACCCUCAUUUGCUUUCAUAAAUCUACUGUAGGUACACAAAAUAGCUACACUCAGGACCUUAAGGACAAAAAUGUUCCCAUUGAAACCCAUUCAAACUGCAAUAUUUAAUCCCAGUGACUUUUAAGCAUAAAAUCCUGCAUUCUGUGUUAAUAGGCUUUUAUUUUGUUGACAAGGUUUCAAAACAUUGAAUUAAAAAAAAAAAUCUGCAAUGUGUAGUAUUUUCUCAGAUUUAGCCUAUGGGGAAAAGACAUGUUUUUCCUUUUUUUCUGAUUCUAUUGUAUUAUAGAGCACUGCAGACCAACUGAAUAAAUGACGCAGCUAUAAUAGUGUGGAUGUGUUUGUAUGGGUAUCAGAGUUCUGGUUUGGUAUGUGUGUACUGAAAAUUUUGUGUGUGUGUGUGUGUGUGUGUGAGAACAGUUUGAAAGAAAGAAAUUAUAUUGUACUGGAAAUCACAAACCCCACGCCAUGUAUACGAGACAAAAGAGGUUGCUGAGCUUUGAAGAUUUUUUGAAUUAUGUAAAGAAACCAGUUAAAAUUCUUAAAAUUAAUGAAUGUUUGGGAGUUAUGAUUAGAACUGAUGCUGGUUAAAAAAAAAUCAAUGUCAGUGAAAGUGGAAAAAAAUAUUAAUAUAUUUUGGAGUUUUUGGACAUGGACGUUUUUGCCUUCUAUGGACCUAUGUGUAACUUUUUUUUUUUUAUUGACGCGCAAGGGUUAAGAAGGAGAACGAGGAACUUGUAGAACAUAGAUAGAAGAAGGAAUUUCACAGUUUGGUGAUGAGAAUCAUAAGAUACAGAGGACAGAAAAGGAAACUGCUUGGCUGAUGCUAAUUGAGUAGUUAACAAGAAAGGUUGUGUGAAACUGAAAGGAAAAAGAGAACAAGGCAAAUAUGGCAGAAGACAAGCAUAAAAUCGAACAGAGUGCCAAGAGGAGACAGAUGACGAUGAAAGAUGAUGCAAAGAAGAGAUUUGUCAAGUCCAUGAUGUGCCAUAAGGAGUACAAGUAUUGCAGAUAGACAGAUUAAAGGAGCGAGACAAAUGGAGGUGGCAUUCUACAUAUUCAAUUUCGACACCUCCCAAUCAAACAGGAACAGAGAUGCUGGCAAGGAAAGGGAUCAUGGUCAGAGGAGGCCAUUGCAUAUAAAAUCACGUACCUUUGAUUUUGCAAUGCAACUUAAGGAAAAAGGCCAUUAAUACUGAAAAUCUUUGGG